AUGAAGUCCUCUGCGUUACUUUCUGUAUUUCUCUUCGGAAUCAUCUCACGAACCUCAGCAGCGAUCAUGAGAGUAGCCGAACCGGGUGCAAAUUUCAAAGUCGCCUUUCAAGGUGCUUCAGCUCACCAUCCUAGUCCAAUUAAUUGGCCAAGCUCAUUGACUGAGAUGCACGAAAGAAUAGAAGAAGGCCAAAACCUUGCAUUACAGCCACCAUUAGAACCUCCUCUACCAGAGAGAUAUGAAAAUUCAUUUAUGGGUUCGGAAGAAUCGUCAAGGACAUUUCCAGGUCCGCAUGAUCGUCAUCUCGAUGUAGAAUCUGAAAAAUACAAGAUGAUAUCGGCUCAUGCACGAAUCUUGAAGGGUGGAGGAGGUGGUGGUGGAGGUCAUGGAGGUGGAGGAGGUGGUCAUGGAGGUGGUCAUGGAGGUCAUGGUAGUGAAGGUGGUAGUGGAAGUGGGAUAGCUCGCGGGAUAGCUUCAGGAGGUGGUCGUGGUCAGGGUCAGAAAAAAGGUAAGCAUAAAAGUGGCAAUGCAGUGUCGAAUGCGACCUUCUCUGUGAUGUGGACUUGGAUAUCCCUCGCUGGGAAUCUUGCUCUUUUGAGGCGUUUGUUCAAUCUUGCCAGAUAUUGA